CUGCAGCAAUAGACAUAGCUUUACGAAUGGAUCGACUUCGUGAGAAGAAGGAAAGGCUCCAGCAGUUAAAGAAACAGACGAACGUUUCUCCCGAUAAAAGCGGGCAGCCGCAGCUUUCGACGUUCGAUAUGCUAGCCACUGCAAUGGCUCGAAAUGACUCGCCCAAUUCCACCUCCAAACAGCCAAAGGAUAGUAGUCCUACUGCUGAAUCCAGUACUACGUUGGGUACGACGCUGACGAACGCAACCACUAACUUUGCUUCCGAUGCAAGGUAAGGCAAAAUAUGCUCAAAUCAAGUGCGUCGCAAAUCUUGUAGGCCGUAACAGAAUCUAAUUUAAAACAACCUAGUCAACACAUGCCAUCGCCAGAGAGUCUGAAUGGAGAAUCAAUUGCCGUCAAGCAAUUGGAAGUGAAGAAUCAGGGUCAGAGCCUAAAACAGAAGGCAUCGUCGGCGGAAAACUUCAAUGCAGGUCAGCGAGUACUGUCAUCGACAGGUAAUACUGGAUCAAUCGAAUGUGGGGAAGUUCCAGCCCGCUCCGAUUUCAGGCCGAAGGAUGAAGGAGGCAGAAGAGAGUCAACAGAUGAGGAAGAAGUAGAUGAAUUCGGCAGAGUCAAGAGGAGACGUCAGCAUUACAGCAGUGCUGACGGUCGUAGAGGCCAACAUGAAGAAUCGGACAAUGAUAGCCAAAAUGACAGUGACUAUGAUCGUCACCCACGCCGAAGAAGAAGAAGUCACUCUGAAGACGGCCAAGUACAUCAUAGUGGCACGAGAGGGCGAUAUUCUAGUCGAAGCCGAUCCCCUCGAAGCAGAAGCCGUUCGCGCAGCCAUGGCAACAGGCAUCGUGAUCCAUAUACCGCUGCUGCACGUUACAUAGACACCGAGUUUUUUCCUUCCAAGAUCUAUGUUGGCGAUUUGGUCGGAGUGAACAAAGAUCAACUAGAAGAUGCAUUUUCUGCCUUUGGGCGCAUAGAGGAUAUCAAAACUGUGGAUGGAAAAGACUUUGCGUUCAUCACGUACGACGAUACAGAAAGUGCACUUUAUGCCAUCAAAAGAAUGGAUGGUGUAAAGCUUGGUAGAUAUAGGAUCAAAGUCAACCGUGCGAAGAUACCAGAAAGAAAUCGAGUCGGUUUUGGAAAUGUGCCUUGGAAGGAUGAAGACGGAGUGGUUGCGCAAGAAGAAAGCCACCGACACCCCCAUUCCAGCACUAUCCCCACUCAGCAAGAAAUGGAUCCUAGAGCUUUUGGAAGAGGUCGACAAGUACUAUCGUAUGACGAUUUGUAGAGGAGCUUGACCUCCGCUUACAGGACAUAGUGUAGAUAACAGAGACAGAUCAAUUUUGUGAAGCCACCUCAGCCGCAUGCUUCACUGUGGCCAACUACCACAUAGUUCAAUGUAUCAUAAUCAAUAGCAUUCCAACCUUUCGACAAGUGAGCUGUCAUUUUAUUAAAUCAUUCAUUACCAAUAUUUGGAGCAUAA